AUGGCAAAGCUUCCUAGCACCUCUAGCAUGGAGAAAGUAGACGUGAUCUGGGAAGUGAAUAACAAAGAAGAAAACUUCCCUCUGCACAAAGCACCGGAAGACGCCAUACAAUCUAGAAGUCGAGAUAAACUUUUGUCCACGUUUUCGCCCACUGAUCUCCCCGCGCGUCGUCACCGCAGCCGCCGCCCGGCCGCUAUCUCCAUCGCCGUCCCACCGCUGCGAAACAAAAGCACGCCUUUCUCUCGGCGCGGCGCCGGCAGUCGUGUGCCUGGCAUCGAACACUGCGCACGCGCUCGGGCAGUGAGGAGUCGUCGAGGCGGGAGAAGCCUUCGGGCACCGGCGCGGAAGCACUACCACGAGAGACAGUUCUUUAUUUAUAGUGCAUUUACUGAACUAUAUUUUGAGAGAGAGGAAAAUGGAUUUGCUUUUCCAGCUGACCUGGGAAGACAAGAUCACCAAGGCAGAUGUGUCUUCGGAGUUAAGGCUCGAACAGUCGUUUACUUUAGCACUAGAGCAUUUGGCUUAUAUCCCAACCACUCUGCAGCACCUUAA